AUGGAACCACGCGCCCGAGCAGGCCGACACAAGGCGAGUCUGAACUUCGGACCCGAACUCUCCGCCCUUCUCUUCGCCUACGGCGCACCCACGCACCCAGACGUCGUCGCACCCAUCGGUGCCUCUUCACAGCGCUAUCUCAGCAACAACGGCGCCACCAACAACAACACCGCCACAACCUCCAACGCCACCAGCAAUACCGAACCCAAGCCAUUCAACCAGCCCUUCCCUGAAACAGUGCGGGUCCUCGACGAGAUCCUUACGGACUUCAUCAUCGAAACAUGCCACAACGCAGUAAGCGCGGCAUCGUACAGCGGACGGGCGAAACUGAAGCUGUCGGACUUUGAAUUUGUGCUGCGCCGCGACGCCGUCAAGCUGGGCCGCGUGCAGGAAAUGUUCAAAAAGAAGCGCGACAUCGACAAUAAAAAGAAAUUGUUUGACACGAAUGAAGGAAGAGAGGGCACCAAGAUGGCAGUCGGCGAUUUGGUCAAUCUUGGUGAGGUAGUGGGUGAGGAGGGUACGGGUAAGGGCAAAGGGAGAGGAAGGGGUAGGCGUAAGAAGCGGGAGAGAGAUGAUGGUGCCUCGGCUGUCGGUGGUGGGGGUGACGAUGCGAAGAGUGGUGUUGGUGGUGGAAGGGGGGAGAGUGUUGCUGGUGACGAGAUGGACGUUGACGAGAGAGCCAGUAAGAAAGCGAGGAGCGAGGUUGGUUGA